AUUGAAUGAGACUCAUUCUCUCUCUCACUUCAUCUUUUCUGUCCUCUUUCCCUGAAAGUCAUUUCUCUCUGUCUCUCUUUUCUCUUUUCUCUUUAAGAGAUUUUAAUUGUUAAUUGUGAUCUGAUUAAGGCCAACAAAUUAAAUUAAAUUCAUCACAAUGGCUGGCGCUAUGGAGAGAGCACAAAAGCUUCCUAAAUUAAAGGAGGUCGAAAAUGAGAAAAUUUAUGGUUAUGUCCAAGGAGUAUCCGGUUGUGUGGUUGUCGCUGAAGCCAUGGCUGGAGCUGCUAUGUUCGAGUUGGUCCGAGUUGGUCACGACGAAUUAGUCGGGGAAAUUAUUCGACUUGAAUCGGACUUGGCAACCAUUCAAGUCUAUGAAGAAACAUCUGGUGUAACUGUUGGAGAUCCUGUUCUUCGUACUGGAAAACCUUUAUCGGUUGAACUCGGACCAGGAAUCAUGGGCUCCAUCUUCGAUGGUAUUCAACGUCCCUUGAGAGACAUUCACGAUCUCACCCAAAGUAUUUACAUUCCAAGAGGUGUCAACACACCGGCGUUAAACCGAGAAAUCAAAUGGGACUUUUUCCCUCAGUAUGUGAGAAUCGGAAGUCACAUAACUGGUGGUGAUGUUUACGGUUAUGUCCAUGAAAACACUUUGAUCAAACACAAAUUGAUGCUUCCACCCAAAGCGAAGGGUACAAUUACAUUCCUGGCAGAACCUGGUUCUUAUGAUAUGAAUGAUGUCAUCUUAGAGACUGAAUUCGAUGGGGAAAAGUCACAAUUCACCAUGUUACAAACAUGGCCAGUUCGUCAAACGAGACCAAUCACUGAGAAACUUUCUGCUAAUCACCCUCUUCUCACCGGUCAACGAGUACUCGACGCUUUGUUCCCGUGUGUUCAAGGUGGUACAACAGCCAUUCCAGGAGCUUUCGGUUGUGGUAAAACUGUCAUUUCUCAAGCUCUUUCAAAAUAUUCCAACAGUGAUGUUAUUGUUUACGUUGGUUGUGGUGAACGAGGAAACGAAAUGGCGGAAGUACUUAGAGAUUUUCCUGAACUUACAGUUGAGAUCAAUGGGGUCACUGAAUCUAUUAUGAGACGUACAACUCUUGUCGCUAACACAUCAAACAUGCCGGUCGCAGCUCGAGAAGCUUCAAUUUACACCGGAAUCACAUUGUCAGAGUACUUCCGAGAUAUGGGUUACCAUGUUUCCAUGAUGGCAGAUUCAACUUCGCGUUGGGCUGAAGCUUUGAGAGAAAUUUCUGGUCGAUUGGCUGAAAUGCCUGCAGAUUCUGGUUAUCCAGCUUAUCUUAGUGCUCGAUUAGCUUCUUUCUAUGAGAGAGCAGGACGAACCAAGUGUUUAGGUAACCCGGAACGAGAAGGUAGUGUCACCAUUGUCGGUGCUGUAUCACCACCCGGUGGUGAUUUCUCCGAUCCCGUGACAUCCGCUACUUUGGGUAUUGUCCAAGUUUUCUGGGGAUUGGACAAGAAACUUGCACAAAGGAAACAUUUCCCUUCCAUUAAUUGGAGUUUAUCUUACAGUAAAUACACUCGAGCAUUAGAUGAAUAUUAUGAAAGAAAUUUCCCUGAUUUCGUUCCAAUUCGAACUAAGGUUUGUCUCUUCUUUUCUUCUUUUCUUCUUUUAUUCCUUUCUUCUUUUCUAUCCUCUCUCACCAUAUUUGAUAUUGUUAAUAAUUGUCAUUUGUUUCUAUUCUUUUGUUUAAAGUGUCAACAAAUUCUACAAGAAGAAGAAGAUCUUUCAGAAAUCGUGCAACUCGUUGGUAAAGCUUCACUUGCCGAAGGAGAUAAAGUGACAUUAGAAGUUGCUCGUCUAAUCAAAGACGAUUUUCUACAGCAAAACAGUUAUUCUCCUUAUGACAGAUUCUGUCCUUUCUACAAGACAAGUGGAAUGCUUAAGAAUAUAAUUUCAUUUUAUGAUUUGGCCAAACACUCGAUUGAGGCCACAGCUCAAAGUGAGAAUCGUAUUACAUGGGCAAUGAUUCGUGAAGCUCUUGGUAGUACCAUGUAUGAGUUAAGCUCAAUGAAAUUCAAGGAUCCUGUUAAAGACGGUGAAACUAAGAUUCGUCGUGAUUUCGAUGAUCUCGCAGAGUCCAUGCAACAAGCUUUCCGAAGUCUUGAAGAUUAAGAAUCAACAAUAAUCAAGUCAACGCAAUUAUCUAUUCCAAUAAUUACUUGGAAACCUUUUCUUCAAACACAAUUCAAUAAUCAUCAACAUGCGGAGAACAAAAUAUGGAAAUCAAAUAUUAGCCUUGUUGUCGUUUGCAGUUUUUUCUCAGUGUGUGCACCUUAAAAAACUAUUUACGAAUUUCAUAUUUUAUGUCAUGGAUAAUUCAUUAUAUAUAUUUCAAUUCCAGAGAAUUAAUAAGUAUUAAAAGAAUGCAUAAAGUACUUAUUAUCAAAGCCAUAAUCAAGUAAAUAAAAUGUAAUUUAAACAGA